GGGCCGGAGCGGGCGGCGCUGCAGGGAGCGGGGCGCGGGAGCCGGGCGCGCGCCGCCAGCCGAGGGCGGGUGUGCGAUCCCGGCGCGCCGCGUGCAGAGGAUGCGAGCGGCAGGGAGCCGCCGCGCCGCCGUGCCUCGAGAACGCGAGCGGCGGUGACCUCAGCCAGGGGAGAGCCGGGCGACGGCGGCUGCGAGCCUCGCGGGGAUCCUCGGGGCCGGAGUGCGGACGGCGGCGCGGGAGCGCGGGGCGCAGACCGGGCGGGGCUGGCGGACAGUGAUGAGCGGGCGCGCGGGGAGGCUGCACGCCGCCGCCGCAGCCGCCGCCCGGAGCAUCCGCUGCCGGAGCUGCUGCUCGCGGCCCGGGCUCCGGCCAUGGACACGCUGAACGGCCCUGCGGGCGGCGGCAUCCCGGACUCGAAGCCGCAGCCGCCCGGCCAGCACCACCGCCACCAUCACCUCCACCCGCUGGUCGAGCGGAGGCGGCUGCACCGUGCGCCCUCGCCCGCCAGACCCUUCCUCAAGGACCUGCACGGCCGGCCCGCGGCCCCCAGCCCGGCCCCCGCGGCCCCCUCCUCGGGCCGAGCCCUGGCUCCCACCGCCCCACGCUCGCCCAGCCUCGCGGGCAAGGCGCCGCCCUCGCCGGGGCCCUUGGCCGCGCCCGGCCGCCUCUCCCGGCGCAGCGGCGGCGCCCCCGGCGCGAAGGACAAGCCGCCGCCGGGCGCCGGGGCCAGGGCAGCGGGCGGCGCCAAGGCCGCUCCAGGUUCCCGGAGGGCGCUGCGCGCGGCGCCAGCGGAGCCACUGCCCCGGGUCGGGAAGCCGCCGCCCGGGGCCGAGCCGCCGCCCGCCUCUGCCAAGGGCCGCAAAGCCAAACGCGGCUCCGGGGCGGUCCCCGCCCGCGCCGCCGGGCCCCCGGUCGCCGCCGUCCCGGUGCCCGCCGUGAUCCUCGCCGUGACCACCGCGGCCGGCUCCCCCGCCCCCGGCUCCCGCAUCAGCCACACGGACAGCAGCUCCGACCUCUCUGACUGCCCCUCCGACCCUCUGUCCGAUGAGCAGCGCCUGCUCCCCGCCGCCAGCAGCGACGCCGAGUCCGGCACGGGCUCCAGCGAUCGGGAACCCCUGCGGGGGGCCCCCACGACGAACCCCGCAGCUCGUGGGGCGCUGCCGGGUAGCCCCGAACCCCCAAUGUUCCUCUCCGCGCCACAGGCCGCCUGCUUUGGAGGUCGGAGCAGUCCGGGUGGGGUCCCCGCGGGGUCCCCAGGGCCCGGCGUGGCGGAGGAUGCUGGGGGGCGCGCGCCCCCGGAACGAACUAUCCCCGGGACUCCCAAGGAGCAGGGCCCGGGCGAGCAGCCCCGGCUGGUACCGGCGGCGGAGGAGGAGGAGCUGCUUCGGGAGAUGGAAGAGCUGCGCUCGGAGAACGACUAUCUUAAGGACGAGUUGGAUGAACUCCGUGCCGAGAUGGAGGAGAUGAGGGACAGUUACUUAGAGGAAGACGUUUACCAGCUGCAGGAACUCCGGCGGGAGCUGGACCGCGCCAACAAGAACUGCCGGAUCCUGCAGUACCGCCUCAGGAAGGCCGAGCAGAAGAGCCUGAAGGUGGCUGAGACCGGGCAGGUGGACGGCGAGCUCGUCCGCAGCCUGGAGCAGGACUUAAAGGUAGCCAAAGAUGUGUCUGUCAGAUUGCACCAUGAACUUGAGACUGUGGAGGAGAAAAGAGCCAGAGCCGAGGACGAGAAUGAGACGCUCCGACAGCAGAUGAUUGAAGUGGAGAUAUCCAGGCAGGCCCUCCAGAAUGAGCUGGAGAGACUGAAGGAGAGCUCCCUGAAGAGAAGAGGCAGCCGGGAAACAUACAAAGAAAAGAAAGCCUUUGCCCAGGAUGACAGUGCCGAUCUGAAGUGCCAGCUUCAGUUUGCCAAAGAGGAGGGCUCCCUGAUGCUCAGGAAGAUGGCCAAGCUGGGGCGGGAGAAGGAUGGGCUGGAGCAGGAGCUGCAGAGGUACAAGGCCCUCUACGGGGACGUGGACAGCCCCCUCCCCACCGGCGAGGCGGGCGGGCCGCCCAGCACCCGGGAGGCCGAGCUGAAGCUGCGGCUGAAGCUGGUGGAGGAGGAGGCCAACAUCCUGGGCCGGAAGAUCGUCGAGCUGGAGGUGGAGAACCGGGGUCUCAAGGCGGAGAUGGAGGACCUGCGGGGCCAGCACGAGAGGGAGGCAGCCAGCCGGGACCCUGUCUCCAGCAUCCCUACCUCACCCUUCGGCGACUCCCUGGAGUCCUCCGCGGAGCUGCGCCGGCACCUGCAGUUCGUGGAGGAGGAGGCGGAGCUGCUGCGGCGGUCCAUCUCCGAGAUCGAGGACCACAACCGGCAGCUGACCCACGAGCUGAGCAAGUUCAAGUUCGAGCCGCAGCCAGAGCCAGAGCCGGCGUGGCUGGUGGGGGGCACGGGUGGUGGGGCGCCCCUGCAGGACGAGCUCCAGGCGGCCCGGCUGCAGAUCCACGAGCUGAGCGGGAAGGUGCUGCGGCUGCAGCAGGAGAACCGGGUGCUGCUGUCCAACCCCCCGCGCGGCGACAGUGACGCCGACAGCGACGCGGGCCGGAAGGAGAGCGAUGGGGAGGACGGCCGCCUGCCCCAGCCCAGGCGCGAGGGCCCCAUCGGUGGUGAGAGCGACUCAGAGGAGACCUUUGAGAAGACAUCGGGCUUCGGCAGCGGAAAGCCGUCGGAGGCCGGAGAGGGCCUGGCGGAGCUGCUCAGGGCCCGGGAGGACUCCGAGUGCCUGACGAGCAUCAGGCACGAGGCCGAGCGGCUGGAGCGGACCGUGGAGCGCAUCAUCACCGACACCGAGGGCCUUGCCACCGCCUCGCCCGGGGCUGGUGUCCAGGGGGACGGGGAGAGGGGAGAGGGCGCCCAGACGGAGCCCCAGCUGCUGGGGACCCUCAACACCAAGAUGAAGGCUUUCAGGAAAGAGCUCCAGGCCUUCCUGGAGCAGGUGGACCGGCUCGGGGACGGCCUGAGGGAGCGUCUGGAGGGCCUGUCCCCGCUGCCCCACCUCACGGAGUCGUCCAGCUUCCUGUCCACUGUGACCUCCGUGUCCCGGGACUCCCCCGUCGGGAACCUAGGGAAGGAGCUGGGCCCCGACCUGCAGUCCAAACUGAGAGAUCAGAUGGAGUGGCAGCUCGGGCAGGAGCGAGGGGAGGAGCGGGGGCCCCUGCCUCCGCGAGCCGCGCGGGAGCUGCACCGCCGAGCCGACGGGGACGCCGGGAGCUGCCGGCCCGGAGCCCAGAGCUGCUUCAGCCUAGAGAGGGAGGAGGAGCACCUCUGUGCCUGGAGGUGGCGGGAGCUGGAGGUGCAGGACUCUCUGCAGGAGCGGAGCUGGAGCGACGAGGGCCACCUGCUGCAGCAGGAGCUGCGGUCCUGGAGGCAGAACGUCUUCCUCUUCUACGUCAAACUCAGGUGGCUCCUGAAACGCUGGCGGCAGGGGAAGCAGCUGGAGGAGGAAGGAGAGGAGUUUGCCGAGGGCGAAUUUCCGGAGGCCUUCCCCAGGCUCGGGGAGCUGGGAGUCCAGGGGGACCCACAGGCAGACGGGCCGGCCCGAGAUGACAGGGGCCCAGGCUGUGGCUUUCUGCCGGGAGAGCGCCCUGCACACCCCCCUGUGCAGGCCGGGGACCACGGAGCAUGGCUGCUGCCCACGGACGGGGGACAGCUCCACAGGCAGGUGGCAGAGAACCAGCAGCUGUUCUGCGCGCUCAGGGCCCUGCUGGAGGACCUGCGCUCCGAGCUGCGGGAGGACGCGCGUGCCCGGUGGCGGCUGCAGCAACAGUAUGCACGCGACAAGGCGGCCUGGGACGUGGAGUGGGCGGCGCUCACCUGCCGCCUGGAGCAGAGCGACCUGAGCCUGGGGGACAUGGGCACCUCCGCCGACAGCAAAGAAGCUCUCCGGAAGGAGAGGGAGGCGCACCAGAAGCUGCUGGCGGACAGUCACGGGCUGGUCAUGGACCUGCGCCAGCAGAUGCACCACAGCGAGAAGAACUGGAACCGGGAGAAGCUGGAGCUUCUUGAGCGGCUGGACCGGGAGCGGCAGGCGUGGGAGCGGCAGGAGGAGGAGCUGCGCUGGACGAUCCGGCAGUUGCAGAAAGAAAACAGUCCGCGGAGAGGCAGCAGUUUCCUCUGUGAUCAGAAUGAAGGUGACCUCAGCCCCCGUGCCCACCCAGGGGGGCCCCGGGCGCCCCGCCCUGCGGGGACCUGGCCCUGUGCAGACACCGACUCCACGCCCUUCCAAGACCGGCCGCUGGCCAAGCUGAAGGAGUCAGACAGGUGCUCAGCCCGGGAGAACCUCUACCUGGACGCCCUGUCCCUGGACGAGGAGCCGGAGGAGUCUCCGGCCCACGGGCUGCAGAGGGAGCUCAGGACCUACUUCCCCAAGGAAGAAGACAAUCAUAAGGGAAAUCUUCAAAGAGCCGUGUCUGUGUCGUCCAUGUCUGAGUUCCAGCGCCUGAUGGACGGCUCUCCUUUCCUGCCAGAGAAGGGGCUGCCCACAGCAAGCAGCAAGGAGGACGUCACCCCACCCCUGUCCCCCGAUGACCUCAAGUACAUUGAGGAGUUCAACAGCGAGAGUUGGGCCGACAGGAUGGAGGCCGGCACUGAGCUCUUUCCCGACUCCUCCUGGUACCUCACCACAAGCGUCACCCUGACUACGGACACCAUGACCAGCCCGGAGCACUGCCAGAAGCAGCCCCUGCGGAGCCUCGUCUGCGCUGAGCAGGCCGGGGUGAGGGUGCUGCACAGCCCGCCUACCGUCCGGAGGCUGGACAGCAUAAUGGCGGUGGGCGGCGAGAGCCGGGCCCGAGGCCUGGGGGACACCAAGGGGGCCCCCUCGGAACACGUACUUAGCAGGUGGCCCUGUGCCCCCUCCAGGCACCCCCGAGACUACGUGGAGGGUGGGCCCCGGCCCCUCGACAGCACCCUGGCCACCCCCCUGGGUUUCUCCCCACCACUGCACAGCCUGGAGAUGUCCAAGAACCUGAGUGAUGACAUGAAGGAGGUGGCCGCCUCCGUCAGGAACGCCGUCUGUUCUGGCCCCAGCGGGCCUCUGGUGAAGGACAUGGCCUGCCAGACCAAUGGGUCCCGGACAACGGGGACGCAGACCGUGCAGACCAUCAGCGUCGGCCUACAGACCGAAGCCCUGCGGGGCGGCACUGUCACCAGCAGCCCCCACAAGUGUCUCACACCCAAGGCGGGGGGUGGUGCCACGCCCGCGUCCUCGCCUUCCCGCGGCCUCAGGGGCAGGCAGGCAGCCCCGGCCAUCGAGAAGGUGCAAGCCAAGUUCGAGCGCACGUGCUGCUCCCCCAAGUACGGGUCCCCCAAGCUACAGCAGAAGCCCCUCCCCAAAGCUGACCAGCCGAAUCCCAGGCCCUUGACGACGCUGGCCCAGAAGGGGUGCAGCGAGUCAGCCUGGGCCCGCUCCACCACCACACGGGAGAGCCCGGUGCACACCGCCAUCAACGAUGGCCUCUCCAGCCUCUUCAACAUCAUCGACCACGGCCCUGUGGUGCAGGACCCCUUCCAGAAAGGGAUGCGGGCCUCGGCCUCCAGUCGGUCUCGUUCGGUGGAGCCCCGGCCAGAGCUGGGACCAGGCCAGGAAACCAGCCCCAGCUCCCGGGGCCGAUCGCCCAGCCCCAUCGGAGGCGGCGCUGAGACGUGCAGGGAGGAAGGGGGAGAGGGCACGCCAGUGAGGCAGGACCUGUCCGCUCCCCCUGGCUACACGCUCACAGAGAACGUCGCCCGGAUCCUCCACAAGAAACUGCUGGAACACGCCUUAAAGGAGGAGCGGAGGCAGGCUGCCCAUGGUCCCCCCAGUCUCAGCAGCGACAGCCACGCGGGAGAAACUGGCAAGGCCGAGCCAGGGUCCAUCGAGGAACUACCUUGUUCCGCACUAGCUCCGCCCCUAGAGCCCUGCUUCGCCAGGCCCGAGAGACCAGCAAACCGCCGCCCUCCGUCCCGGUGGGCCCCACAUUCCCCCACUGCCUCACUGGCCCUGUCACCCGGGUACCCAACCUCCACAGAAGAGCUCGGCGACGAGGAGCCACCCAUGGAGAAGCCACACCUGUGACGUGGGUUCGCACGGACCAUCCGGGAAAAUUCACUGUAAUUUGCAUAACCACCCAGUCGUCAUCGUCAACCGAACUCUGCCCCAAAAGGAGAGAGCUGGUUUUCCCAAGGUCAAAGAAUGUUAAAACAAACAAACAAACAAACAAACAAACCACAGCUGCUGAAUGUUCAACCUAUGAACCUGAGAUGUUUCUAGAAUGAAACAGUAAAUGUGCCUGUAAGAACUUAACUUUUUCAUAGCGCAGAAAACUAUUUUUGUCUCCAUCUUUUUUACACACAGUAUAUUAAAAAAACAAGUAAAUAAGAUAAAUUUAAAAACAAAGUUUUAAAGAUGUACAUUUUAAGAGAUUCUGAAUACCCUUGGCUCGCAGUACUGACUGCCUGUUAAAUGUGCACUGUUAACAUUUUGGUUUGGUUUAUUUCCACAUUGAAUUAGGGUGUUUUAAGUUAACCUUAUUUGUCAGUGUACUUGUUUUUUAAGAAUUUUUGAAAUGCUUCGGACCGUCUGAUUCAGUGUACUUUUUGUAAUGAAAACCCUGUGAGGCCAGUAGACAAGGCAGACUUCCUACAUCCUGGAGGGUGGAUGCAGAGGCCUCAGCUUCCGCGCUCGCCGUGUGAUCCACGUGUUCCUGUCGGCCUGCAUGUCCACACGCCGCCAUGGCCUGUCCCACCCUGAGACGCUGAGUCCCCACGUCCUGCACUUGUACCACUGUCCUCUAGCGUCCAUGAUACAACAGCAUUUUAAAUUAUUGUUAAAGGAUUAACUGGCAAUCCAGUGUUUACUCAAAUUUUCUUGUUUAAGGAAAAGCACUACAAAAAGUCUUGAGGAUACCAAAUGGAAAGAGAGGGUGGUGCCUCCGAGUCUGUGUGAGACGAUGAAGAAGAAGAAAUAAAGCCUGUACGAGCUGGUA